CUCGAGUGGGCGCUCAGUUUGCUAGCAGCCAAGAAGGGACUUGACGAUAAGAUACUAUCUCGGAUACAAAAGCUCCUCACCCUCACUCUAGUGCAGGAUCCUGCUAAACGGGCCGGUAUGGCCUCAUUGACUGAAGUCUGGCCUGCUGAGCUACUAGAGGUAUUGCCGGAAGAGGACCAUGAAAGGAAAGAGACUCAUAGCGAAACGGGUCUUACACAGAAUGAGCGUGAUUUGUCAACUUCCGAGCCAGAUUUUGUAGCAACAAACCAAGUCAUGGAGCCAGAAUGGCACGGAAUACUAGAGACGCCGACGCUCAUCUUUGUCAUUGAUGGCUCUGAUUAUCGGGUCCAAGAUUUUCUUGCGAGACUAUUACGCCAAAUCGCAAAGAACACAACCUGCGAACUCUGCAAAACAGGGGCCUCAUUCCAACUAUUGUUAUUUCACCGGCUCGGAUUCGGACCCGAAUCCACAGACCAAGAAGCCAAAGAAUGGCUUGACACCGCCGGCAUCACAGCGACCGUACUCAAUAGCAUUAUCGAGGACCUAAAAGUCGCGAAGAUGAAGAAUUCUUCUGUCAUCGAGCUCAGCCAGCUGGGGUAUCGUACAAACGUGGCGGCGCAGUAUCACCGCGACGGCGUCCAGGAAGAAGCGAAAUCGUACUACCGCCGUGUAAGUGCUUUGCGUGAGUUGGCGCUAGGACAAGGUCACUAUUCGACGUUGAACAACCGCCACGCACUUGCCGACGUGCUAAUGGCCGGGAAGGAGUAUGAGGACGCCUGGGAGGUUGCACUUCAGAUGACCAAGCUGGAGUCACUGCCUUUACCGCUAAAAACGGCCGUCAACUCUCUCCAAGCGCAGCUGUGGAUGGAACUCGACGAUCGGGAGCAGGCCGAGUCCACGCUUCGCGGUCUAUUAGACCACUGGGAUAAGCCAGCCGAGGUGGGGGACUCCGAGAGACUCGACCGCCAGCUUGACUUGAUCCGUGUUCUCAGGGGAGAGGGGCGAGGUGCAGAAGCACUCCGGCUCUCACUGAAGACCCUCGAUGAGUGUCUCGCAGAACUUGGCCCGGCACAUACGACGACCAUCCGUGCGACACGGUCGCUCGCUCUGGCGUACGACGCCGAAGGACAAUAUGGCAAGGCUAUGGAGACCGGUGAACAGUUGAUCAAACUAAAAUAUAGCA